AUGGAGGUCACUGACGAAAAUCUCGCAACCUUGGCUAAUUACUUACAACAAACGCUGAAUCCCGACCCUAACAUAAGAAGGCCGGCUGAAAAGUUCCUUGAAGGUGUAGAGGUUAAUAGGAACUAUGCAAUUCUACUGCUGCAUCUGAUCGACAAAGAUUCUGCUGACAUGACAAUUCGUAUUGCAGCCGCCAUCACUUUUAAGAAUUAUAUCAAAAGAAACUGGCCUGUGGAGGAAGAUGGACAAGACCGCAUACAUGAAGCAGAUAGGGCAACUAUCAAAACCCUUAUUGUAUCUUUAAUGUUAAAAUCACCAGAAGCAAUUCAGAGACAAUUCAGUGAUGCCGUCUCUAUUAUUGGCAAAUCUGACUUCCCUGAAAAGUGGCCAGGUUUAAUAACAGAGAUGGUAGAGAAAUUUGGAACAGGUGAUUUCCAUGUGAUUAAUGGAGUUCUACGCACAGCACAUUCCCUCUUUAAACGGUACAGAUAUGAAUUCAAAUCGCAGAAAUUGUGGGAGGAGAUUAAACAUGUAUUGGAAAAUUUUGCAAAACCCCUCACAGACUUAUUUGUAGCCACUAUUGAUCUUACGACGAAACACGCGGACAAUCCACAAGCUUUGAAGAUAAUCUACAGUUCACUAGUGCUCAUUUGUAAAGUUUUCUACUCACUUAAUUAUCAAGAUUUGCCCGAGUUUUUCGAAGACAACAUGCCAAUAUGGAUGCCAAACUUGUUGAAUUUGCUGCAAAUCAAAGUGCCAUGUUUGGAAACUAGUGAUGAUGAAGACAAACCCGGAGUAAUGGAACAAUUGCGUACUGAAGUUUGCGAAUGCGCUGCGUUAUACGCCCUUAAGUAUGAAGAGGAAUUCGGUCCAUACGCACCCGGUUUCGUCACAGCUGUGUGGAAUGUACUAUUGUCUACUGGACCACAGACUAAAUAUGAUGCUUUGGUAUCAAACGCUUUAACAUUCUUAGCGAAAGUUGCCGAGAAAAACGCGUAUAAAAGCCUAUUCGAAGACCCGGCCACGUUGAGCAGUAUUUGUGAGAAAGUCGUCAUACCUAAUAUGGAGUUCAGAGAGUCCGAUAUGGAAUUGUUCGAAGAUAACCCUGAGGAAUAUGUAAGAAGGGAUAUAGAGGGUUCAGACGUGGACACCAGACGUCGCGCUGCUUGCGACUUAGUUCGAACUCUCGCUGUGCACUACGAACAGAAGAUAAUGAGCAUAUUUGGGCAAUAUGUUGAGGUUAUGCUUAAAAAAUAUGAGGAGAGCGGCAACACGGCAUGGCGUGGCAAAGAUACGGCGUUGUUCCUGGUGACGUCAUUGGCUUCCCGUGGAAGCACCCAAGCCGCGGGAGUUACUCGCGCUUCGCCCCUCGUCGACCUCGCGCAGUUCGCGCAGACGCACGUCAUACCUGAAUUGAGCAAAGCCAACGUUAACGAGAUGCCAGUGUUAAAGGCAGAUGCCCUCAAAUAUAUUAUGACUUUCCGGACACUUCUCCCCAACGAAUUAUUGAUAACAACAUUCCCGAUGUUGGUGCAACAUGUAAAUGGCCGCGGUGUAGUCUGUACAUAUGGCGCGUGCGCAGUCGAAAAGUUAAUACUCGGUGGCAUGGUACCGCGGCAAGUGAUCGAACCCCAUGCCCCAGCUUUACUCAGCGCACUAUUCACAGCCCUCGGGAACACCACCGAUCCUACAGAACACAACGAAUAUGUAAUGAAAGCUAUACUUAGAACCUUGUCCUGUCUCCGCGAGUCCGCUCUGAGUUAUUUGGGAGAGGCGCUGCCCAAACUGGCCAGUUUGCUCGCUGUCGUCACUAAGAAUCCUUGCAAGCCACACUUCAACCACUACUUGUUUGAAACCUUGUCGUUAUCGAUUUCGCUGGUUGUGAAAUCGAAUCCGAGAGCGAUAACUGCCUUCGAAGAUGCAUUGUUUCCGAUAUUCCAAGAAGUGUUGCAGAAUGAUGUUCAAGAAUUCAUGCCCUACGUAUUUCAAAUGCUGUCCCUCCUCCUGGAGUUACGCGGACCAGAGCAGGCCGGUGGUGACGGCGAGGCAUACGCGGCGUUACUGCCGUGUCUGGUAGCGCCACCGCUGUGGGAGCGAGCAGCAAAUAUUAGGCCGCUCGUGAGAUUAUUAUGUGCAUUUAUUGCUACAAGGGAGGAACUCGUUAGAUCUUCUGGAAAACUGACGGCGAUGCUGGGCGUAUUCCAGAAGCUAAUAGCAUCGAAAACCAACGACCACGAAGGAUUCUAUCUUGUACAAUCUAUGCUCUACAAAUUUGGAACCACAGACAUGCAGCCAUACACCAAGCAAGUGAUGACGCUACUCUUCCAAAGACUUUCGUCGUCAAAGACGACGAAGUACGUGCGAGGUCUGAUAGCGUUCCUAGGAUUCUACGCGGCCUGCUUUGGUGCUGAUCCACUGGUGGAUCUCAUCGACUCUAUACAACCGGGCUUGUUCAAAAUGUAUGUGCAACGAGUGCUGAUACCAGACCUCCAGAAGGUCAGCGGCAGUUUAGAGAGGAAAGCAGCUGCUGUCGGCUGUGUCAAAUUGUUAUGCUCUUGCGCACACUUCCGGGAGGGUUCGCUCGGAGAUCAGUGGGUCGGAGUUUGUCAGGCAUUGAUUUCUCUCUUCGAGUUGCCGGUAGACGAGUCGAGCUUACCGGACGACCACUUCAUCGAGGUGGACGACACGCCUGGAUAUCAGGCGCAGUACGCGCAGCUAGCGUGCGCUAAGUCGCAACACGCUGACCCACUUGCGGGAAUAGACGACCCGAAGAAACACUUAGUAGAGAGUUUAUUGGCUGUGUCGCAGGCGCAUCCCGGCUUCCUCCCGCCACGCGUCGCAGCGCUAGAUCAACCACACAAACAGGCUCUACAGAUGUACCUAGCUGCCUUCAAUGUGCAAAUCUGCUGA